UUUUGUUGAAGGAUUAGUGGGAUUCUAACGUGACACUUUAGGAGGGCUGGAUGAAAGUUGAAUUUUAAGCCAUUUAAACGUAACGUUUAGAAGCAGAUGUUAUGGUACCACGUAGAUUUAGCGCCUGUGUUCUCUGUCAGAGAACACCUCUGUGGAUGCUGGUGUGCCGAGCAAUGAGUGCAGCUACACACCCACAGCCACAGGUAGAUUUCCUAAAGGGUGAACCACACAGAAAACACCCAGGUGUGACCAACUUGAAAACUCUACGGCUACCUGAGGAACUCCACGUGGCUGCACAGUCGAUUAUUCACAGAGCUCAGGUGAAUCAGCUUCCCGAGCACAUUCACAAACUCACGAACUUCCUGUGGAGCAGGAAACGAGCGGUCGAGGAUUUAACUCUGAGGCAGAAAGCUGUGAGCCUGGAGAAAGAACUGUGGGAGAAAGCCAUGCAAAAGGGAGGAGAUAUAGACGAGCAAGCAAUGGAAGACCGCAUCAGGAGGAAAGUUCUCUCAGAGCUCCGAAGAACGACAUAUCACUGGGCACCCACGAAGUACGAUGAAGAGCUCGGCGUGGUCUACAUGGCAGCUCGACUUGCUGGCGGUUACGCUGCAGUGAGGAGAGCUCUGAAUGAGAUAAAGAAGAAGGAUCCCUCCUUUGCUCCUCACACUCUCCUGGAUUUUGGUUCUGGGUUAGGAACAGUUGUCUGGGCAUCUCACGCAUGCUGGGGUGACUCUUUGAAGGAGAUGGUGUGUGUGGACAGCUCAGGGCCAAUGAACAUUUUGGCAGAACGACUUCUGAAAGGUGACGACGAAAGAGCUGAACCCUGCAUCAAACAAGUGUAUUUCAGGCAGUUUCUCCCUGUCUCUCCUAAGGUGCAGUUUGAUUUAGUCACUGCAGCUUUUACCCUCUCAGAGCUGCCAAAUGUGAAAGACCGAGAGGAGGCAGCAUUCACUCUUUGGAGAAAGACAAGCUCAUAUCUGGUGCUGGUGGAAAAUGGGACCAAAGAUGGCCAUCAGAUACUCAUGGAAGCCAGAGAUACUUUAUUGAAGAAACAAGAGAAGACCGUUUAUGACUCCAGGCCAGCAUCAGUGUUUGCUCCAUGUUCGCAUGAACUGGUGUGUCCCAAACUGGCCCAUGAGCCCGUCACACCCUGCAACUUCCAGCAGCAUUACCAACCUCUGUCUCUACCCAGGCACAAUGACCGUCAGAUCGAGAAGUUCAGCUACCUAAUUUUGAGGCGGACAGAAGCAGUGGAGGAAGGCACAAAGGGUGUGGAGUGGGCCAGGCUGAUUGCACCAGUGCUGCGCAGAACGAGGCAUGUCCACUGUCACGCGUGUUGCCCGGACGGACAGCUACAGCACAUGGUGGUGACAGCCCGUAAACACGGCAGAGAUAUGUACCGCUGCGCUCGGAGCAGUGACUGGGGAGAUCAAAUGCCGAUCAUUCAGGGUGUAGAGGAAGACGUCAACAGUGAUUCAGAGUGACGAUUCAGCCGUAAAGACAGACUCUGUGGAAACAUACGAUACAUCGUGAAACUGAUAAUACUUUGAUUUAUAGACAAAGGAGCUGCAAAUUACAUACACAUUUCCUCUCUGCAGUUUUCUUUAUUGUGUACCACCUCCAAUAAACCAUUAUAUUUUUAAAA